AUGCAGAGGAAGAGGCGGAGGACGGUGGUGGUGGUGCGUUACGUGAUAACUUGCGCCUUGUGCAUGAUAGCACUGUUUGCUCUACUCCAUGUUCAUUUGAAAGCAUUCCUUCCCUCGGAAUUCAUCAAGUUGCCUGAGCCUUGCAAGCUCCCUACGUUGGAUGUUGCAUGUGGGAGUUUGGAGGAGGACAACUUGUGGAAGCGGCCACCCAAUCGAGACUAUGUGCCAUGCUUCGAACCAAGUUCAUCCUACACAUCUCCUGGAGAGUCUCGAGGUUACUUGCUUGUUAAUACAAAUGGUGGGCUCAAUCAGAUGCGGGCUGGGAUAAGUGACAUGGUUGCUGUUGCUCGUAUUAUAAACGCUACUCUUGUGAUUCCAGAACUUGACAAAAGCUCAUUUUGGCAGGACACCAGCAAUUUCUCUGAUGUAUUUGAUGAAGAUUAUUUUGUUAAUUCAUUGUCUAACGAUGUAAAGAUCAUUAAGAAACUUCCUAAAGAGAUGGAAACUGCAGCGAAAGCAGUUAAGCUCUUUAGAAGUUGGUCUGGUAUAGAUUACUAUCAGGAAGAUAUAGCAAGCAUGUGGGAAGAAUAUCAGGUUAUUCGAGCCGCUAAGUCUGAUUCUCGACUUGCAAAUAAUAAUCUGCCUCCAGAUAUUCAGAAGUUGCGUUGCCGUGCUUUUUAUGAAGCUCUUCGUUUUGCACCCCAAAUUGAACUUUUGGUGGAUCGAAUGAAGUCCUAUGGUCGUUACAUUGCUUUGCAUUUACGCUAUGAAAAAGACAUGCUUGCCUUUAGUGGAUGCACACAAGAUUUAUCCCCGGAAGAAGCUGAUGAACUUAGAAUACUCAGAGAAAACACUUCCCAUUGGAAAGUGAAAGACAUUGAUCCCAUGGAACAGAGAGCCAAAGGUUUAUGCCCAUUAACUCCAAAAGAAGUUGGAAUGUUCCUUAAUGCUUCUGGAGUCCCAUCAAACACUCCUAUAUAUAUUGCUGCUGGAGAUAUAUAUGGGGGUGAUGCUCGUAUGGCUGACCUGCAAUCCCGCUAUCCCUUAUUGAUGAACAAGGGAAAACUAGCAUCAGUUGAGGAGCUCGAACCAUUCGCCAAUUAUGCGUCGCAAAUGGCUGCACUAGACUACAUUGUAUCAGUUGAGAGUGACAUAUUUAUACCUUCAUACUCUGGAAACAUGGCACGAGCAGUUGAGGGCCAUCGUCGUUUUUUGGAACAUAGGAAAACUAUUUCUCCCGACAGAAAAGCUCUUGUCCGUCUAUUUGACAAAAUCAAGCAAGGAACAAUGAAAGAAGGCAAAAAUAUGUGGAAUAGAAUUGCAGAAAUCCAAAAAAGACGGAAAGGAUCUCCCAGGAAGAGAAAAGGGCCCAUUUCUGGAACCAAGGGGAUGGACAGAUUUCGCUCGGAGGAAGCAUUUUACGUGAACCCCUUACCUGAUUGUUUAUGUCGGAAGGAAUCGCCUAUUGUGAACAGCUCGUUCAUUAUCAAGUAG